GACAAAGAAAACAAAGUGCAACUUGUUGAGAAAAUGUGAAAAGCGAAUAAAAACACGCCCAUUCCACGUAGACACUGCAUACCGCAAUGCAUUCCGACAAGGCACGCAAUAAGAUAUUCAAAAGCUGGUCCGGGAUCAGCGAGGUGUCCAUCAUCAAGGAGGUGGCCACCAAAGGCGAGCACAUCGAUCUGUGCAUGGAAUAUUGGGCUGGCAAGCAAAAGAUUCCCAUAUCCGAGUAUCGUCACUAUUUCUAUGAUGUGGUCCAUGCCUAUGUGCGACGUCUGCUCUCCGAGAGACUCGUCUGCAAGGCGGACAAUGUGCUCCACAAUGUGGACAGAGAUGUCAAGUGUUUCUUCUAUCAAUACGCCUGUGAGUGCAAUGAUGCGGAUCUCAGUGAAUUUGUGCUCGAUCAUCUGCGCUGCCGAGAUCCGCAGCUCUUUAAGCAGGAGCAGACAGUGCUGGAGUAUUACUGGUCCUUGGUGCAGCAGUUCCGCGAAUGCAGCGAUCUCUUAACCAGACGAAAGGCGCUACUGCCACGUGUGCACAUCGAGGCGCUGAUGACGCUGCCGGUGCAAACACUCCAGCUGCUGCUGGUGGAACUCUACUUUGCCAAUGACAACGAAUCUCUGCUGCCGGAGCUCAAGAAGCAGCUGGUCUGGCAGCAUCUGGUGGACACUGGACAACUGGGCAGACUGCGUCGCUGGUUCUGGUGUCAGGAUGCAACGGCAACCGCAAACACAACAACUGUCUUAUUGCCACUGGAACAGGCCUAUGUGGCUUGGAAAAUCGAACCCGUCAUGUUUGAAUAUGCUCUGGAACACUUGGAGCAACCAUGUGAACCACUGCGUAAUUACUUUGCACGUGCCGGCUACUUCUUUGCCACUGAAUCCUCGAACGUGUCCACGGUGCUGCGGCGCCUGUCCACCAUGCAGUGCCUGGAGCAGCACAAGGAGCUGAUUAGACGUCUGCCUCUGGCUCGCCACUUACUGGAACGUGGCUAUUACUCCUUGCUGCUGCUGGAUUGUGUGCCAAUCUCCGCGCUGGAGCAGCUGGCAGGCGAGAAUGAGCCGCUGGUGACGCUGCUCAUUGAUCUCAAGACACAUGAUCUGACGGAGCGUGAAGGAUUCGAAUUGAUGUCCCAGAGUGUCCAGAGCUACUUGGAGCGCACACACAACGGGGCGGAGUCGCUGCAGGAGCAGCCGCUGCUCACAUUCUUCGACUUUCUCUGCCAUGAGCCGAGUGUGCAGGCACUCGAGGGUUUCCUCUCCUCCAGCAAUCUGAGUCGGGUUCCCUACUUGAAGUCCCUGAUGACACGCUUCGAGCGCCACGGGUCCAACAGUUCACCAGCCUUGCCCACGGCCCACGAACUCUUCUACAAGUUCAAGCAGGUCAAUCUGGAUGCGCUGGCUGCACUGAAUCAGGGCGAGAUGGUUAGCUUCUCGAAUCCACGUCUGAGUCAGCGCUAUGCGAGGAAGGCGCAAUUGAACUACACGCAUUAUUUGAAGCAACAUCGCAGUGCGUAUGCGGUGUAUUAUUUUCUAAUGGAGCAACUGCAGCUUUAUGGCCAGAUUACACGCACUCAGCUGUUCCAUGCCUGCGAGACGGCCACACAGCUGGCGUUGCAGCAUGCCGGCGACGUGGAUCUGGUCACACACUGUGUGGCAUGCUGUGAAAUGUUGGAUUUCGAUACACAAACGUUGCGGAGUUUCCUGCACUUGCAACGUCGCUUGCCGGCACCACGAACGGGCAGCACACACUCGGAGCAACUGCAGCAUUGGGAUCGAGCGAUCGUCCAGCAGCUGCAGGAUGCGCCCGCACAGUUUCCAUUGGAAUCCUAUACGGCACUGAUGCGUCUGGCAUCGCGGAAUCUGCAGGGCAAGUGGCCGUCGGCAAUGUUGCAACACUUUGCCGCCAGCAACGAUUGGUGGCAGCUGCUCUUGAUCUUCCAGUACUUUGAUCUGCCGCUCAGCGAGCUGCAUCAACUGUUGCCACAUUUCAAGUGUCGAGCUCUGGGCGUGCACCUGUUGCGUGCUCUCAGCUACGAUUCCAGCCACGAGCGGCAACAUAAACGUGCCGCAAAUCGACAGACGCGUCGCAGCGAUGGACAGACCAAUUCCUCGCAAGAAACAAUGACAAACUCAUCGCACAGCUCCGGCUUGGAUGCGAAUCUGCAGCAGUUGCAGCGAGAUUCCGGCCAAUCCAUGUGCAGUCUUCUCACCCACAAUGCCCAGCAGGAUGUCUUUGCCAUUGUCCUCUGCAGCAGCAACAAUUUGCCCGACGAGUGCAUCGGCAACACAUCCAGAUUUGUGGAGCUUAUGCAGAGCAGCUCCCAGCAAUGCACCAGCAUCAAUUUAUUGAAGCACUGCGUCCGUCAUCAGAUGCCUGUACUGGCUGUCCUGGCAGCGACACUCAGCGAGCUAAAUCGCGACUGGUGUUGGCUUGUCUGGUUCGCCGUGGCCAGCGGCCAGUGGACGCAGCUGCUCCAGGAGGCAACCAGGUCAAAGGAACAGCAAUCCGAGUAUGUUUGGACACUAAUACGUGGCGUUGUCAAGGAUGGACAAGUGAAUGCACUACUCCACAGUUUUUGCAUCUUUCAACCGGACUGCAAAUUUGUGCAUCUCUGUCGCUUCCUGCAGUUGACUGCUCAGCAGCAGGACUUUAGCGAUGCCACCAUUGUGGAGCUGCGUCAUUUCUUUUGCAGCUGGAGUCAGGAGGCAGUGCAUCUGCCGCUGUGCGCUCCGCUGGGUCGCAAGCAGUUGAUGCAACGCUGCAUUGGAUUGCUCCUGAUGCAGCUGCAAUCCAACUUUGACUGUGCCCUGCAACAGCAGAAGUUCCUCGAGUGCAUUUGUCGCUCGGAUGUGGGUGACAUUUGUGAUCUGUUGGACUUUUGUCUGUUGCACAAGAUCUUUGGCGUGGCAGCUCCUUGGAUACGCCAGCUGGGCAUUGACUAUGAGCAGCUGGUGCGGCGGGACAGUGUCGAGUACAAGCGACUGGUGGAUGCCCUGACGGAGGCCAAGGCUUACGAGGAGGCACUGCAGCUGGCGACGUUACUGCAACUCCCGCUGGCGGACAUUGUCUAUGCCAAGUGGCUGGCCGAGUUGGAGGCUGGACAACUGCAUCGGCAUGAGGAGUACGAGCGGGAGAUUGAACAGCACGCUCUGCCGCCGGCAAUCCUCGUCAACUUCUUGCUCCAAGCUGGUGCCCAGCAGCCGGAGAGUAAUCUGCGUCGUCGCUAUGAGCUGCUCCAGAGUGCGCUGGGUGUGAUCAAGCAGCAUCAUCUGUUUCCCAACGAAUGCUUCGAUCGGGAUCAGAUUGAGUACGACAUGGUCAUGUGCUAUUUGCAGUUGGAACCGGAGACGGAGCCGGAACAGUCAACGCCUGUUCCCAUCUAUCAUUCCGAGUACUUUGAGCAAAUCAUGCAGCAGGAGCGUUGUGUCCUGUACAAAUCCUUCUCCGAGCUAAAGGAGCUGGCGGGCAUUGAUGAUCUCAGCAUUGCCAACAAGUCCAAGCUGACGCCAGAGAUGGAGCAACGUCUGAAUGGAUUGCUGAAUCUGCUGCUGGAUGAGGGCGACAUUGUGGAGGCACUGCGUCUGCAGGAACUGUUUGAGUUUCGGCCCAAUGACUUGCGCUUCAUUGUCUUUGCCAUGGCUCUGGCCGAGGGCAUGACCAGCAUUGUCAAUCUGUCCAGCAAGGAGCGUCAACUGCUCAGUGAUAUUGAGAAGAGCGCAUUCCCAAAGUUUAACAGAUUGACUCUCAAUCAGAAUCCCUUGGGCAGAUGCAGCAGCGACAUGUCCGGCAGCUGUUCCACGCUCGAGUUUGAGGAAAUCCCCUCCAAGGAGAAGCAACAAACGCUGGAAACGCUGCUGGGCAUUGGCUCCAAGCUUAAACAUGGCGUCGAGCUGGGCAGACGCAUUGUGCUGGCCUAUCGUGCCGCCAUGUACCUGGACAAGGAGUAUCUGGAUGUGCUGCGCACCAAGGAUGCCAGUGUGCUGCUCAAGAGCGCCGCCGAGGAGGAGUGCCUGCAGCGUUUGUUGGUCGUCAGUGACAUUCACAUUUCCACUCGUCUCACCCCGAAAGAGAUUGCCGAGUCCUUGGCCCUGGAGCUGACCACGUGCAUUGUGCGUCCACGAUUCUACAUAUUCCAUGCCAGCCAACAGCCACGCAAUGCACCACGAAACGCUGAUCUUUGGGGACACAAUAUCGACCGGGAUUUCCAUCUGUUUCUGGAGUUGACGCCCAACACAACGAUGGUGGGCAACUGCCUGCUGGAGUACUGUGAUGCUCUGAAGGCCUAUCGUCGCUACCAGGACAAGAAACCCUAUGAAUCGAGCGAUGCCUUCGAGCGUCUCUCCGGGAUUAUAACGCUCUACGGGCUGCCCAGCAACAGCAACAACAGCAGCAGCACCAAUGUUGCCAGUUCCCAAGCGAUUCCUCAGGUGUUGUCCCAUAAGAAACAGAAUCAAAUCUAUGUGGAGCUGCUGAUCAAGGCGAAUCUUUGCUUUGUACACGAGUGCUCCAUGGAGGGCAUUGCCAGUGUGCUGGAACGGGCCAAGCAGCUCAAUGGACAGCUGGCCAAGGCCAAAUCCUGGUCACUGAUUGUCCGACUGCUCAUUGGGAUUGCGAGAUAUCGGGAGAUGUUUUACUGCUUCGAUUCGCUCAUUGAGAACGAACAGUUUGAAUCGCUUUUAGGUCAAUUCGAUGAUGACCAGAAGAGUGGACUGCGACAGGCGAUACUUGGUUAUCUGCGAGAGUAUAAUCCCAAGAAUGGCAAGGAGCUGCUGCGUCUGGCCGCCCAUCACUUUCUCAUGUACAAGGAGUUGGCGGAAAUGUGGUCAGGAGAGGCACAGGAUGUCCUGGAUACAGUGAUCUCAGCUGCUGUCGAGUCUGGCAAGCUCAAGUGCUCCCAGAUGCUGCAAACUUCAUUGCAACAGGUGCUGGAGAACUACACACAUGCCACCGAAAAUUAUCUGCUGGAUAACAAAUUAAUCCUUGCCCAGCAGAGCGUCGCUCGAGCUGAACUGGUGGCCAUGCAACUGGAUCUGUGCAACAAGGCGCUGGAGAAGCGAGGAGGAGCUGGUGGCAGCCACAAUUCGCCAUCCCUCUGUGUCAGCGUCAUUGGCGUACAAACACGUGAACAGUUCCGCGAGCUGGUCAACUAUCAAUUGAGUGUGCCACAAACUUUGAUACUGAGUCGCGCCUAUGGAUACGAUGUCAGCUGGAGUGAAGCCCUCCUCACACAAUUUGUGGUGCUCCAGAGACGCAAUUAUCUGCUUGAGUACCGCUGUCAUCAGCGGAUCAAUGAUAAUGUCAUCGAGCAGGUUGUUAAGGGUUAUAUACUUUACACACAGAGUAAUGCACCCACUGGCCAGCAGCAGGAGUCUCUGGGUCAACUGGUGGAGCAUAUUCGAUCCGUCACGCUGAAAUACAAAUUGGCUUCGAUUUUGGGUCUGAAAAUGAUUGUGAUGUCGCUUAUCAACGAUCAAACCGUGCAUUAUUUACGCGAUACGAACUAUGGUCGAAACGAGCCUCACAAUGUGCCAAAUAUGUGACACACAUUAUGUGAUUUUAAUGAUUUAAUCUAUAUUAUAUAUGUACUGAUUGUAAUGCCAAAUGUGUUUAACAAAAUAUACAAAUAUAUCUUAAGAAAUUGCGCGCAAA